CCUGCAAAGCUCCCAAAUGGCAGCGGACUCUAUCUGGCAUUACCAGUUCCGGAUUAUCAUGCUGGGUGACUCCACGGUGGGCAAGUCCUCUCUCCUGAAGCGCUACGCCGAAGGGGUCUUCCAGGAGUCAAUGAGCCAAACUGUAGGAGUGGAUUUUUAUGUCCACUUUUUGGAGAUCAAGCCUGGCCUGCAUAUCAAGCUACAGUUUUGGGAUACAGCCGGGCAAGAGCGGUUCAGAUCUGUGACUCGCUCAUAUUACCGCAACUCAGCAGGUGCAGUUCUGAUGUUUGACUUGACCAAUCGAGCAUCUUUUGAGAGCAUCAAGAAGUGGCACCAGGAAGUUAUGGAGACCGUCAAGCCUUAUCAUGUGGUCUUUGUGCUGGUUGGCCAUAAAAGUGACCUGAAGGAUGAAUGUAAGGUUGAGCAAAAAGAGGCUGAGAAGCUGGCAUCUUCACUGGGAGCAAAGUACAUAGAAACAUCCGCUAAGACCAGCCAGAACGUGGAGGAGGCUUUUCAGAUAUUGACCUUAGCCAUCUAUGAAGCACUGGAAAGUGGGAAGAUGAGACCAAAUGAACAAUGGGAUGGAAUAAAAUGUAAGUUACCACCUGAGGCACAGCUUAAGAUACAGGAAGAGAGGAGACAGAAGAAAUGCUCAUGCUAGCAGCAUAGAACCUUUGGGAAACAUGCAGGAGUUACUCAAGACCAUCUCAUAGUGCCACUACCCAUUUUUAUGGAAACCAAUGACAGUUGUGGGGGUGGCUUAUUGGACAAUGUUGGUCCUAAGGACACCCCCCCCCACACACACCAUUUCUUAUCAGUGAAUCCAGGACACAGGAGAGCAGAACCCCCAAAAGAACAAAAACAUGGACUUAAUGCACAUUUGGAUUUGCUUGUACUGUGCAUCUUUUAACUCAGCACAUCACACAUUUGUGGAUUUGUGGAAGUAUGGAAGUAUGGAACACCUGCUCCUGAGCCACUCCACGUAGUGCUUUGCUUCACCUGUCCCAAGACUUGCUUUCUUCUGUCUUGCUAAGCAGGGAGCUGGGUUGAAAUGUGGCCUUAACAGAUCCUGCCUCUAAGGAUAUGUUGCACCACUGCCCCCCUCUCCUGGACCACCAGCUUAAUUUCAGAACAUCCCUUUCACUGACCGACUACAACUCAUUCAACUUUCUUGCAUUUAACUUCUAGUCAGCAGGCAGUAGAGCACCCAAACAGCAAAGUCUUUGGCUCUUGUCAUGUGCCAGAGAGGAUCCUUCUGAGUCUCUUGGUUGUUGUCAAAUAAUCAAAGCUAGACAAAUAAUAAAGCCAUCCCUGUGACCUACAAUUAUCAUAACUUUGAAAAGAGAGCUUGCAGAUAAAGGUCAAUGCCAUUUCA